ACACUAGACCUUGAUGGACCACUACAGACAUUGGGGGGUAAUCACAUGGUCAAAGCACUGAGUGAGCUGACAAAAGAGGAGAACGAUAAUCAUUUCUUUGAUUGUUUAAGAAAAGUGGAUGUGGAGGUUUUCGUUGGCUUGAGCAAUACAGAGGCACUUUUUAUAUCAUCCUGGCAUAACUCAAGAUGCGAACAAAAACCAACAAUCUUUCAGGACAAGGUCAGAGUGGCCAGAAAGUAUUUCAUGAACGGAGAGAAUGAUUGGAGAGAUCAAGUUGUGGUGGCACUUGGGCACUUGGACAGGAAGGUAGACAAUAAAAGAAUCACCAACUUAAAAUAUUCAUAAUAGUUU